GAUCACGGCAUCACAGAACAAUCGAAAACCGUGGUUGAAGUUCAGGACAGUGAGAAAGACACCACAAUACGAAUGCAUAGAUAUCAUACAUACCUUUGAAAGCAAGAACCGUCUAGACCUCAGAAAACAAUCAAUUCGUCCGAAUACAUCAUGAGCAUGUCUGUACCCGCUCAGAUCUUUGAAACAGGAACUACUGUAAAUACGAAGACCGAAGACAAGAGUAGAAAGCGGAGGCAACGGGGAAGAUUGGACAGUUCAAGUGAAGUAGUCAGCAAGGAUUCAAAGAUGACCAGUCAGGAUUUCCUACAUGUAAGAAGGCAUAUCGCCGUUUCUCUAAACGAAGAAUCGAAAUCGAAAUUACCAGCUUCCGCAACUUUAUCCUCUCUCGUUUUUCAAGAACAAUCGAGACCGUCGGCCGCUCUUUUCUCUUCCUUUAAACCUGUGCUGGGAGUUCCAGCUAAAAGCAAUGACAACAAUGACAGAAAUGGUAUCCCGAUGCUUAAGUUGCGCCCGAGGCAGCCUAAGAAGGGUGGACCUUUUUCCAGUUCCCAAUUCUAUUCGGAGGAAGACCAUAGCAAACUUUCUUCCGCUUUCAAGAUUCCAUCAUCAAACAUCUUUCUUCCUUUCUUAUCACACGAGAUAUCGCGAUCGCAAUUAUUGAAUUUCAAAAAAGAAGAAGCUAGGAAACGAAAGCAGUUCGAUCCUUGUCCGCUACCAUCGGAAACACAGAAUCUUGCACCUCCCGUACCUCUUUGUAAAACACUUCACACCAACGAUAGUUUACAAGUCAAGUCGAGGGAGAGCAAAAGAGUGAGAUCUAGCUCAAUAUCUUGCUCCUCCCCACCGCUUCUCGUUCCUUCCAUCGAUUUUGCUAUCUCCUCGGCAACAAGAAUCGGGGAAAUCACUCCUGCUCCCUCUAUAAACGGCACAUCAUUCACUACACCUUCGCCAACCUUGACCMACAGUCCGAUCGAAAAUUUGUCUUCUGGGAAAUGGUCACGUAUCAAUAGGAACACCAAACGUUUAGCGCUGACUGUUGCGAAACCAAAAGCCAUGCGCCCAGUAUCAGGUAUUUCCUCUUUUCUCCAUGAUCCUACUCCUGUCAUCACUAGCGAUACUACAACAUCACUGUUCCAAUCAUUUCAAAAGGAUAAUUUCGAAGCAACUGAGAUGCCAGUUCUAAAUGUCACCAGCAACAUUGCAUUUGAUAAAAACCAACCACCGUCAGCUUUGACCUCGUCAACAAAAUACUCCGCCUUCUCGUUUUCUUUGGGUGGACUCUCCCCAGCAUCAGUAUCCUCAUCCUCAUCAUCUCCAUUUUCAUCUCCAAUACGAAGAAUUAGCACGAUGAAGAUCGUCGAUAACAAUACGUUUUGACCUGACCUAAUAAUGUGCUUCCAUAAAAGUGUUCUGUACACUAUUGUAAUAUGUUGUUAAUAGAUUUUGAAUUUAAUU